AUGGAUCAGCCGGACAUCUCUAGUGCUGACGGCCUACUAGCCGAUGGUAUACUUGCUAUGCAUGAGAACUUGGCUGUCGCAAUCGAGAGUGCACUGGGCAGACCAAUUCCAGAAGUGGAAAUAUGCUUCAGCGACUUGCACAUUUCGGCACGUCUACCGCUGGCCAAACCAGGAUCAGAAGGACCCCAAGUACCCACGAUUUGGACUCAAGUCAAACGGGGAGUAAUGAAGUGUUUCACCAAGCAAGACACGGCCGAGAAGGAGAUCUUGCGUGGUAUCACUGGCGUCUUCAAACCAACUAGCAUCACGUUGGUACUGGGACAACCUGGUUCAGGCAAAUCGUCACUGCUCAAGAUACUAAGUGGCCGCUUUCCCAUAAACAAAACCAUCGAAAUGUCCGGUGAAAUCACGUACAAUGGCGUGCAGCGAUCCGAGGUUUUGGCUCGCUUGCCACGGUUUAUAGCGUAUACGAACCAAAAGGACGAUCACUAUCCGCAACUCACGGUACAGGAGACGUUCGAGUUCGCUCAACGUUGUUGUGGAGGUGCCAAACUGGAGCCAUGGGUGCUCAAAGCUCUCGCAACGUGCAAAGGAGAGCAUCGAGAACGUGCUGUCAAACUCGUAACAGCGCAACACCAGUUCGCUGCAGAUCUCCGAGUGAAAACGCUUGGCUUAGAUCGAUGCAAAGACACCAUCGUAGGCAACGCCAUGAUCCGUGGAGUGUCAGGAGGCGAACGCAAACGCGUUACCACUGGAGAAAUGACGUUCGGCCGCAAGCGAGCACUGCUACUGGACGAGAUCAGCACCGGCCUUGACGCUGCGACCACGUACGAUAUCGUCAACGCGCUCAAAAGCUUGACUCGAAACUUGAAACAUAACAUCGUGGUGUCUCUGCUGCAGCCGCCACCCGAAGUGUUCAACCUCUUCGAUGACAUCCUGAUCAUGAAUGACGGUCACAUCAUGUACCAUGGUCCGCGUGAGCAAGUGCAGGAGUACUUUGAGACCCUCGGUUUCCACUGUCCUCCUCGCAAAGAUGUGGCGGACUUUCUACUUGAUCUUGGAACCGAGAAGCAACACGAUUACACUAGCGGUGACUCCAAGGAUGCUAACAUCCCAUUCGAGGCUGUGGAGUUUGCAGAGCGCUUCCGUCAGUCCACAAUAUUCCAAAAUACGUUGACAUACAUGAGAACGCGUUCAACGCACAAGUCGGAUGUGUUUGAUCCGAUCCAGGACCCGUGCGUGUUUCGACAGUCGUUUCUCGAAGACCUUAGCACGGUAUUUCGUCGUCAAUGGAAGAUCAAGCUUCGUGACAGGACCUUCCUCAUGGGACGUUGCUUUAUGGUCCUGGUUAUGGGUCUGCUCUACGGGUCCGUGUUCUGGCAAAUGAACGAUGUCAACAGUCAGUUGAUCCUCGGUCUGUUGUUCUCGUGUACCUUGUUCCUCUCGAUGGGGCAGGCAGCUCAACUGCCGACGUUCAUGGGGGCUCGCAGUGUGUUCUACAAGCAACGCGGGGCCAAUUUCUUCCGAUCGCUGGCUUAUGUUUUGGCCUCGUCACUGACACACAUCCCGUUCGCCAUCUUGGAGACUAUACUCUUUGGCGCGAUUGUCUACUGGAUGGGAGGCUACGUAGCUCUCGCGGACAGGUUCAUUUCUUUUCUAUUCACACUUUUCCUAUGUCAAAUGUGGUUCACGGCCUACUUCUUCUUCCUGUCGGCUGCUUCUCCCAGUAUCACCAUUGCUCAACCGGUUAUGAUGGUCUCCAUUCUUUUCCUCAUGCUGUUCGGCGGGUUCCUGUUACGGAAGACAGACAUCCCGGAUUAUCUUAUCUGGUUCUACUGGAUCGACUCGGUAGCGUGGAGUAUUCGUUCCCUCAGUGUCAACCAGUACCUGGCACCCAAAUUCGACGUCUGUGUGUACCGUGACAUCGAUUACUGCUCUCGUUACGGAACUACAUUCGGUAAGUAUAGCCUCAAACUCUCUGGGUUACCAACAGAAGAAAUCUGGAUCUACUUUGGAUGGCUCUACUUUAUCGUCGGGUACAUUGUUCUCGUUCUAGCAGCACAUCUCGUACUCGAGUAUAAACGUUAUGAAAGUCCCGAGAGCACGACAGUGGUGCAAGCGGAUCUCGAUGUCAAAGAGGGGCAUUCAGAUACCAAGCCAAAUACCGAUAUCGGAUCGGCCACAGUUCCAGAAGAUGUCGCCGUCUCGAUCACCACUCCAAGGAAAAGUGCUGUACCUGUUACGUUAGCUUUCCAAGAUCUAUGGUACUCUGUGCCCAUGCCUGGUGGUAAGAAAGGAGAAGACAUUGAUCUGCUUCAAGGUGUCUCUGGUUUUGCCAAACCUGGAACUAUGACUGCACUCAUGGGAUCAUCUGGAGCCGGUAAGACUACACUCAUGGACGUCAUCGCAGGACGAAAGACGGGGGGUAAAAUACGUGGCAAAAUCCUGUUAAACGGGUACCCAGCCAACGACCUCGCCAUCCGCAGAAGCACGGGUUAUUGUGAGCAAAUGGACAUCCACUCAGAGUCUGCAACAAUUCGAGAAGCGCUAGUCUUCUCAGCAAUGCUACGACAAAGUGCUAGUGUCUCAACAAAGGAAAAGAUGGAGUCAGUAGACGAAUGUAUCACGUUGUUAGAACUCGGUCCUAUUGCAAACAAGAUCAUUCGCGGGUCCUCCACCGAGCAGAUGAAGCGUCUGACUAUCGGCGUUGAGCUCGUUGCACAGCCCAGUAUCAUCUUCAUGGAUGAACCUACUAGUGGUUUGGAUGCACGGUCGGCUAAGCUCAUCAUGAAUGGAGUGCGCAAGAUCGCUACCUCUGGAAGAACAAUCGUGUGUACCAUCCACCAACCGAGCUCUGAAGUCUUUAGUUACUUCGAUUCCCUGCUGCUCCUUCGACGUGGUGGACGGAUGGUGUUUUUCGGAGACCUUGGCAAAGACUCGAGCAACCUUAUCAAGUACUUUGAAGCAGUACCAGGAGUGACUCCGAUCGAGCCUGGAUACAACCCCGCGACGUGGAUGCUCGAGUGCAUUGGAGCCGGCGUUGGAGCUGCUUCUCGUACUGAUAUGGACUUUGCAGAGUUCUUCUCGAAAAGUGAUCUAUACGAUAGUAUGGAGAAAGAUCUUAGCCAAGACGGAGUACUUCGGCCCUCUCCAGAUCUUCCUGAGCUAAAGUUUUCCAAGCAAUUCGCGUCGACUAGAACGACGCAAUUUAAGUUACUGUGUUGUCGAUUCUUCUACAUGUACUGGCGAACACCGACGUACAACCUUACGCGCUUGAUGGUCAGUGUGAUGCUUGGUGCAAUCUUCGGUAUCAUCUACCAGGCUACCGACUACACUACGUUCACAGGGGCCAACGCAGGUGUCGGACUCGUUUUCGUCAGUACCGUCUUCUUGGGAAUCAUUGGCUUCAACAGUGUGAUGCCUGUCGCGGCCGAUGAACGGACAGCGUUUUACCGUGAACGAGCAUCCGAGACGUACCACGCGUUGUGGUACUUUAUCGCCGGUACACUGGUUGAGAUCCCAUAUGUGCUGUUGUCUGCUCUCGCCUUCACCAUUAUCUUCUUCCCGAGCGUUGGAUUUACAGGGUUUGGAACGUUCGUCAGCUACUGGCUCGUGGUCUCUCUGAACGCACUGCUCUUCGUGUACUUUGGUCAGCUGUUAGUAUUCGCGUUGCCUAGUGUAGCUGUGGCAUCGAUUGCUGGCGCACUGCUCAGCUCCAUCUUUAUGCUGUUCGCAGGCUUCAAUCCGCCAGCGAAUAAUAUCGCGAUAGGCUACAAGUGGAUCUACUACAUCUCGCCACCGACGUACAGUAUUGCAACUCUCGUUGCAAUGGUCUUUGCUGACUGCCCCGAAGGAACCACUAACAACCUGGGCUGUCAAGUAUUGAGGAACGCACCACCCACCGUCGGCAGCAUAUCUCUUAAGCAGUACGUGGAACACGCCUUCGACAUGAAAUCGGACUAUAUACCCAGGAACGUCGUGAUCCUGGGUAUUCUCAUUGUGGCGUUUCGACUGUUGGCGUUGCUCUCACUACGCUACAUCAGUCACCUCAAACGGUAA